ACGUUAUUUUUGGAAAAUUGUAUAACUCCGAAAAUUUAUAAAUUUAUUUCAUUUUGAAAUGAAUGAAAGUCCAAUCUCCUUUUUCAACAUGGCAUGCUCAAAAAUAUUUUCAGGAGAAUUGCCCGAAUUAACAAAUGAAAUUAUACAAUAUUUUAGAAAAGAUUUUUCAACAUUAUAUUCAUGUAUUUUAGUUAAUAGAUUAUGGUGUCGCUUAGCAAUUCCAUUAUUAUGGGAAAAUCCAUUUCCAAUAAGUUAUUCCAAAAAUUACCACUUCAUUAAAAUUUACUUAAAUAAAUUAAAUGAAGAUGACAAAAUAAAAUUAAAUGAAUAUGGAUUUAAUUAUAAUUUAUCUCCAUCAAGUACAUUAUUUAAUUAUCCUAGUUUUAUUAAAUAUUUAAAUACACGAGAAGUUGUUUUUAAUAUUAAGAGUUGGAUUUUUAAUACUUUAGUGGAUAAAAACCAUGAUUAUGAACUAGUAAACUUAAUUUAUGGGUUAUUAUUGAAAGUUUUUAUUGAAAAUGAAGGAAUUUUAGAUUCUUUUGAAGUAAUGUCAAACCUUGAAUAUUUUAAUAAUAUUACGGACUUGAUAUUACAAAAUCUGAAUUUUACAUACAAUAUCCGAAAAUUAAAAUUAAAAUUAGAUAUUUCAUGUCAAAAUUUUACACAAUUUUUGAAAUUUUUAUUUACUAAUUGCAAUUCAAUCUCAACGAUUGUUCUUAGUUUUCAUUAUAUAAGUGUUUAUAAUCGAUCAUCAUUAGUUGAAAAAUAUUUAUCACAAUUAAUAAUUUCCCAACAUAAUCUUAAAAAAAUUUCAUUUGAAUAUAAUAUGAUAUAUAACCAAUUUUUAGCAUUAAAAAAUUCUAAUUGUUCAAAUACUUUAAAUACAAUUAUAUUUUAUUUCAUUGAUUUUAAAAAUAUAAUUAAUAUUUUACAAGAGGUUUUUGAUCAAUUGAAUGUUUUAGAAUCUAUACACAUUUUUUAUUGUAAUUCUUUAAAUUCAGAUUUUGUUCAACAAAUUAUUAAGGUCAUUAAACCUUUUAAAUUGAGAACUUUGUUUAUGGAUGAAAUAUUACAUGUUGAAUCAUUACAAUUAUUUGUACAGAAAAUUAGUAAUUGGUUAGAGAAUCUUGAAUUUAAAAGGAGUGAUACAAGAGAAUAUAGUGAAUCAAAACAACGAUUACUUGAAUUUAUUAUAAAAUAUUGUAAAAAGAUUAGAUAUUUUAAAACGGGUACACCUGAUAAUAAUAAUAUAUAUCAAUUAAUUGAAAAUAAUCAACAUAGUAUUAAUUAUAUUAAUAUUGAAGUGGACCUUUUUAAUGAUCAUACUGAUUUAAGUGAUUUAAGUUCAAGUGUAUUACAAAAUUUAGGACAGAUUCUUCCUUCUAAAUUAGAAUACUUAUGUUUAGGACUCUGUAUUAAUACAAGUGAUCUGGAAAUAUUUUUAAAAAAUUCACAAAAUACUUUUAUUAAGAAAUUAGUAAUUAGUUAUAAGUUGUAUGAUGAAGGUGAUGAAGUUUUAUUUUAUAUAAAGAAAUAUAUUAUGAAGAAGGAAAGGGUUAAAUAUUUGGUUUUUGAUAAUAAUGAUUCAAAUUUUGAAUUAUUUACUUUAAAAAACGAAGUAAAUGAAUUUAAAUUACAUAAUAUUAUAGUUAAAAAAUUUUCUGAUUUAUAUAUUAUUAAUCCAUAUGAUUUUAUAAUUAAUAAUUAUUCACAAUAUUAA